AUGUUAAGAUUCGCAAUAAAGAGGACACAACGACAAUUAUGUUCAUCCUCGAUAUUAAGGGAGAAUCUGAUAUUGAGUAGUCCUGUCUAUGAUGUCAAUAAAAUCUGUGACAAGAUCGAAACCUAUAAAAAGUCAAUCAUUGAUAGGCAAUUGCACAACGAGAAGGAAUUACUGAAUUCCAUCAGUACUUUAGAUAACAAUAGAGCCAAUAUCAGUGAAUACAAUAAAGAGAUUAAAAAUAUACAGAUAAGAAGAAAAGAUUUAGAAAAAUUGAUUAAGGAGGAUCUUGACAAUAAAAUCAAACAUGGUGAUGAGAUACAGCAGUUGAAGGUCAGAGCUAAUGAGCUGAAAACCAAAGUGAAGGAUCUCAUGAUUCUGAUAAAUGAUAGCUGUUCAGCUCUACCGAAUUUAAUCGAUCCUAGUUCGCCAAUAUCUGAACCUGAGAUCAUUGACUGGAUUAAUCCAAUGAACGAAUACGUGGCUGAUCCAGAGAGGAAUCAUGUGGAUAUUAUGACGAAAAAAAAUAUGCUAAAUUUAUCCACUGCUUCAAACGUUGUUGGCACAUCCUGGUACUACUUAAUAAAUGGAGGUGCACUUCUAGAGCGUGCUUUAACAAACUAUGCUAUUGAGAAAGCCAUUGGCAGGGGUUUCCAAUUUGUGAUACCACCAACAAUGGCAAAACGAGAAAUUAUUGAUGCUUGUGGUUUCAGACCUCGAGAUAUGAAUAACGAGCAACAGAUAUAUUACCUAAACAAUUCAAACCUGGGUUUAAUUGCUACAGCCGAAAUUACCUUGGCAGCACUUGGUAUUAAUCAGACUUUUAAUGUAGAAAAGGGUGCUAAAAAGGUGGUGGGCAUUAGUAGAAGUUAUAGAGCAGAAGCUGGGGCAAGAGGACGUGACACUAAAGGGCUGUAUCGAGUACACGAGUUCUCCAAGGUUGAAUUGUUCUGUUGGAGUAAACCAACUCAUAGCAAUGAGCUACUUCAAGAGUUAAAGAACUUUCAAGUUGAUUUAGUUCAAUCGCUUGGCAUUCCAGCAAAAUUGCUAAAUAUGCCAGCAAAUGAUCUAGGGUCUCCAGCUUUCCAAAAAUACGAUAUAGAAGCCUGGAUGCCUGGUAGAGGAAACUUUGGAGAGAUAACCUCAACAUCCAACUGCACUGAUUUUCAAAGUAGAAGAAUGAACACCAAGUACUCGGAUGGGAACAAUAAACCAGAAUAUCUCCACACGUUGAACGGUACAGCUAUGGCAGUCCCAAGAGUAAUCAUCGCAAUAGUUGAAAACUUUUAUAACAAAAAGACAAACCAGAUUUCAAUCCCAAAGCCUUUACAAAAGUACAUGGGUACAGAAUACAUAUAA